UAGGAGUACGAGGCGGAGUCGAGUACAGCAGCUCACUUCAGACCAUAGUGCAGCUCCACCGCCAAAACCCAUGCAUCCACCACGCUCCCCUGCGGCUGCCGCCGCGAUGCUCGCGGCGGCGGCGCUACUGACCGUGGCACUGAUGGCCGCCUCCGCCGCGGCGGCGCCGUGGGAGCGGCCGGACGAGGAGGUGCGGCACCUCUACGAGGCGUGGAAGGCGGAGCAGGGUCGCCCGGGCGGCAACGGCGGCGACGACGACGACCGCCUGCGCCUGGAGGUGUUCCGCGACAACCUCCGCUACAUCGACGCCCGCAACGCGGAGGCCGACGCGGGGCUCCACGGCUUCCGCCUCGGGCUCACCCCCUUCGCCGACCUCACCCUGGAGGAGUUCCGCGGCCGUGUCCUCGGCUUCCAGUUCCAGAGCAGCCCCGGCCGCAACGACACGGCGGACGACCUCGCCGACUUCGGCGAUGAUGAGCUGGAGGCAGUGCCGGCCGCCGUCGACUGGCGCAAGAAAGGCGCCGUCACCGGCGUCAAGAACCAAGGCAAAUGCGGUAGGUGCUGGGCGUUCUCGGCGGUGGCCGCAAUGGAGGGGAUCAACAAGAUCGUGACGGGCAAGCUGAUAUCGCUGUCGGAGCAGCAGCUCAUCGACUGCGACCGCAAGAGCCACGGAUGCAAAGGCGGGCGCAUGGAUUACGCUUUCCAGUUUGUGAUCAGCAACGGCGGGAUCGACACCGAAGCCGACUACCCCUACACCGGCCGCGACGGGACUUGCAAGAAAAAGAAGAAGGUCGUGACCAUAAAUUCAUACAGCCAUGUCCCAGCCAACAAUGAGAAGGCACUGCAGGCGGCGGUGGCUAAGCAGCCCGUUAGUGUCUCCAUCGAGGCAGCCGGGCGUGAUUUCCAGCACUACAAAUCGGGAGUCUUCGACGGCGCUUGCGGGACGAAGCUGGACCACGGCGUGACGGCGGUGGGCUACGGCAGGGCCGGCGGCAAGGACUACUGGAUCGUGAAGAACUCGUGGGGCACCAGGUGGGGCGAGGGCGGCUACAUCCGGAUGAGGAGGAACGUGGCCGCGCGCACGGGCAAGUGCGGCAUCGCCAUGGACGCCUACUACCCGGUGAAGAAGCGCAAGACGGGCAUGGUGCCGCUGCUGGAGAUGGUUCUAGAUGCCUAAGGCGCCACCCGAUGAUGGCCCCCUUGCUAUAUGGACUCACGAGAGGCACCCGUUCAGUCGACGUUUACACUUGCUCUGCGUGUGGUGUGCUGCCUGUGUGUGCGACCGUAAAUAAGCUAUGAAUAAGGGAUUUGUGUAGUUAUUACACUUACAAAUAAUCUGUUGUGAGAUGAGCUUAUGUAAAAUGUAAUGUAUGGACUUAUUAUAAAUGAAUAAACUCGUGAGUCGGCCGUACUUGUACGUGCAUUUCAGUA